AUGGGUUCCGCUGCUUCAAAGCCCGCCAAGUCAGCGGCAUCUGCUGCCGCACGCCGACAGUAUCCCAAGAAAGCGGCUCCUCCACCGACGGGACAGCGCAAAGCUCCUCAGGAAGCAAAAGCAGCAACCACACCGAAGCCUACGACUGCAGCACCCAACCUUGAAUACACUCCCUCAACUCCUCGCACACCUACUCCUUCGUCUCAAGGGCCGACAUAUCACUCCAAGGAGCCACCGUCCAGUGUAAAAUCUGAUGCCAUCGACAUGGACGGCCGAGACCCCGACUUCGCCGCCUCCCUCCGCUCAAUCGGCCCCGUCAACCCAGUCCCAACAUACUCAAACUCAAGCACCGUCAGCCGCCCCGGCCCAAUGCAAACGAUCUUCCCUCAGUCCUCGAACCCAGCCCUGCUAGUUGUCAAUGCCCGCCAAAGACUCAACAAGCUUGCGGAAGAAGAGGCCGAGUCGUUUGGGGUUGCCGGUCAUCCUGGCCGGCAAUUUCUGGAUGCGCUGACUAUCCAGCAGGUCUUGGCUAUGCGCGAUAAGCAAGGUAUGCCUCGGAGACAGAUUGAGAAGUUCUUGGGUCUUAAAAGUGGGGUUGUGGAUCGGUUAGGGAAUGAUGAGAUUGUGUCGCGCAUUGCAUGA